CCGAUUCAAGUUCAUCAGAAACAGGGGCUAUCGGCCCGACUACGCAGGGCUACCAUUGAUAUUGGGUGUGGGGAUGAUAGCCGCAGCGUUGGUAUCGGUUUCAGCUGCUGGAUGGACUGGACCCUGCAUGGGACGAGUUCAUUAGGAGGAAGUACGAGUAGGAGUGAGGCAAUCGAUUCCCAGGAGCUAAGGCUGUCAUCAUCGGGUCAACCACAAUACAGUAUUAUUCUUUAUUUAGUUCCCGUUAAGGAUGUCGCCCGCCCGCAACAACCAGCCCAACCAGCCCAUGGCAUUUUGCCGAACAAGAGAAAAAAAAGGGUUGCAUUGGGCGAAAAACAGAGCGUAGUUCCCGAAGGAUCACGAGAGCAAGUCAGCGAUGGGCAAGGCAGCCUGCAAUAUGCAAUACACGCAGAAUUACUGAGCACUAUCCUACAAGCGUUUCCAUAUGACUCUCCGCGUGGACUCAGGGAACAGUUAUUCACCAGUACAGUGCGAGGUGGAAAUACUGCGCAACCAGUCCUGUCCUCGGACCCAUGGAGCACCUUAUCGAGUGCAGACUGGCCAGACGAAAACCAAUCAUCCAAGGGCCGUAGUGAACCAGAUCAUGCAGUGCUCUUGAAUUGGAGCACAACCAGACUCGAACAAACAAUCCAAAAGUAUCCCCCUACUAUUUCACGUCGGCCUGACAUCUUUCAACAGCUGUAUUAUAAUGUUGUCGAUGCUCGCUUUCGACGGACGCAUUGCUACAACCAGAAAGAUUGGCUUGUAGUGUCGUAUAACUACGCACUAGACAUUCCCGCAAGCUUGCCAAAUGAGGAUAAAAGAACGGUUGUUGGUAGACGCUCUGGAAUAUAUUGCUGCUGA